CGGCUCCUCCUACCUCUGCUUUCCUCCUGACUGUUUGCUACUGACUCUACAAGGUCCGUCCCAACACGGAAAUGUGGGAAAGUGCUGCUUUUAUGGAUGUAAAGCGACACUUUAAUUGUCACCACCAGAUGUUGGACGUUCGCUACGCGGCAGACGGACACUGGAAAUGAAUAUAGAGUUUGACCUCUGUCGCUAGUUUAGCAGCUUUAAUUGAGUCCUCUUGUUUGUGUCGGACCACCAUGAAGUCGAGGAUUUUAGGGAUCAUGGGGGUUCUAGAACUCAUUCUGCUGUCUCUUCUCCUGCUCUCCUGGGAAAACAAACUUCUUCAGGUUGGAGGAGUCAGAUCAGUCACACUCCCAGAGUCCCUCCUGUUUGUCUCCACCCUGGAUGGCAGUCUGCAUGCUAUCUCCAAGCAGACAGGAGACAUCAAGUGGACUUUAAGAGAAGACCCUGUUAUUCAAGUGCCUAACUACCUUGAGGAGCCAGCAGCACCAUGCUUUUCUUCAGCAAGACAGAGACAUCACCCCUGCAGGUCACUCCUGGUACAAAACCUGUUGGAGGAUUCAGAAAUCUUGAGGCUGGGCAGAUAUUUACCGACCUGCAGGACAAACAUCCAGCCAGAGCUGCAAUGAAAUGGUUUCAUGUCAAAGAAUUUUCAUGUAUUAGAAUGGGCCGAUCGGAGUUCACAAUUAAAGCCAAUGGAGAGUCUGGGACCAGGCUUGAAAACGGACUUGAGCUUGAGAUAUUUUUCAAAGAACAUUGGCAACAAUUUCCGUUUUUUGAAGGCAAAGUCAGUUGACCCAUACAUUAAAGGCACUACUAUGUGUUGAUAUCGCA